AUGAACUUACUUGAUCUCCCAGCAGAAAUUUUCGCUGCUAUCAUACACAACUACCUGCACGACUACCUGUACAAUGGCCGCGGAUGGGCUGUGGCAGUUCGAGCACGAUAUGUCUGCAAAGCCUUCGCAGUCGCAAUACACGACGAUAUUUUUGGUCGAUACUCCGCAAGUUUCUACCGCAGCUUCAGUGACGACCGCAAGCAGCGUCUACUCGCACCAAAUAUGUACACUGUCCUCUCCAAGAUGGGCCCCACCCGCUGCCGCUCGACGUACAUUCUUGAUCACAUGGAAGCCACGGUCAAUUUCCUCAUGGAAUUCUCAUAUCAUCAGACGCAAGCGCAGCGCGAACGCUACCGCCUGGCCCUCUGUAACGCCAUGUCAGCGGCACUCUCGGUAGAUGACGUUCUCGCAUAUCUCUGCCAGGGACCGUUCGAUGACUCGGUCAAGGUCAGGAAGAAUAUGGGCCGCGCAGAUACGGUGGGGAUGCUCGCUGCUGCCGCUGCUGUCAAUAGUGAACCUGCCCUUCGUUUCCUUGUUGGCAAGGUAUACGACGUAGGUCUAUGUAGCGAGCUGUACGGCACGCCGCUUACCGCCGCCGCGGUCAAUGGGCAUCUUUACUCCGCUUCUUUCAUUUAUGAGCGUAUGGAAAAACGCUUCUACAAGCGCAAACAACUGCACAACGCGAUCAACGCAUGUAUGUUCGAGCAACGUACUACUAUACUUCCUACACUCAUGUCCUGGUACCUGAAGUAUUGCUACUCUGGAAGAUUGCUCAAGGAAGCAAAGCGGGGCUGGAUCGACUGGGCAGUUCGGAAUGGUGAAAUGGGCGUACUACGAUUCAGUUACUAUCCUGAAGAUGCAAUCAAUUACAUACGCCGACUGGAGCCAACGCCCUUCCACUCAGCCUGUCGAUACGGCCACGCGCACAUCAUUCAGCAUCUGCUUCAAGCCGAUCCCACCCUGAGAUGCGCAAUUCGUAAUCAUGAAAAGGGUUAUAUCGGCUCUAACGAACUAUGGCAGGGUCUUACAGUGGCGGUGGAGAAUGGCUGGCUUGUGGCUACCAGGCUGCUCAUCCGCAGUGGUGUACAGAUCACACAAGAAAAGGACAGUUACCUACCAUCUACGCCAGUGCUGUGGUAUGCACUCAAGGGAGGACAUAUCGAUAUGGUGGUGCUAUUGCUGGCUUAUGGUGCUGUGGUGCCGAAGAGGAGCUCUGAGCGCAAUGGCAUUUGGAAUAUGGCUGCGAACCACAGUGUGAAGACGGCAAGACUGCUUCAGGACAUCUGGGAUGAGCAAGAAAGAUCCCUCUUCAAAAUGGGUCGCUGGACAGACAUGGACAGCGACGCCGAGCGCCUCCCCCCAGGCUUCGAGCGCAUAGGCUACGACGCCGACACCCAAACCUACACCUUCCGCGACGCAUCCGGCCGCAUCUACGAAUCCGAGCCCGGAAACCGAUACGGCGAGCUGCGUGCAACGGGCGAGCACUCGCAGCCCCCGUCCGACGAACAACGACGCGAGCAGGAUGAGAUGAUAGAAGAAGGCAAUAGGAGCGCUGUGCGUAUGAUGUUGCCGUUUGCGCUGCUGGUGCUGGUGUUUUUGUUCCUGGUUUUUAAGCUUGUGAAUAGGAGUGAUGGGCCUGAUACGGUUGUUGCUAGCUGUGGGGAUGGGGAGCGCCAGUUGCGGGUUGAGAAGGGGGAUACGUGUUGGGCGAUUGCGGAGGCGAAUGGGUUGAGUGUUGAUGGUUUGCUGGGCUUAAGAGGGAAUCAGGGUGUGGAUUGUGGGAAUCUCAGGAUAGGGCAGAGCAUCUGUGUUCCGACGUCGAAGUGA